CAAACCAAAGAUGUUGUGGUGUCCGAAAUUAAAGAUGAAAAGGAUAUAUUGAAAAAAGUUUUAAAAAAAGAAACAAGCACGAUUCCUGUUCAAGAAAAAGUGACAGUCGAGAUUACUGAAGAAAUAAUAACAAAAAAACCAAAAGUAGAACAAAUACAAUCGGCCAUUAUAACAAAAGAAGGACUUGAAAUCAUAGAAACAAUUUCAAGUACAAGUACUGAAGAACUUCUUGAAAAACUAAAACCUACGAAAGAAACGGCAAUGCCAAUUGAGGGUAUUGAACCGCAAAUUGAAAUAAAAGAAGUUAUUGUAAAGAAAGCGCCUAAAAAAAUUGAACCAAAACAUGCAAAUGAACAACAAAUUGAAGAAGAAAUUGUCGAAACAAUUCUUUCAGAAAGUCCAAGCAAGAAAAAAGCAGAAAAAAUAAUAACUACAAAUAAAGAGGUAGAGACUACCGAAAUUGUUCCCGAAAUUGCAACUAGUGAACUUGGUAAAGAUAAAAUGCCACAAGAAGAGCAAGCCAUACCUAUAGAAGAGGUGGAACAGGAUAUAAAACUAACGGAAGUAAUUGUAAAAAAGGCGCCACUUGUUAAGAAAAGGGCCACGGAAACAAAGAAGGAUCAACCAGAUGAAGUAGUAGAAGAUAUAAAAAUGGAAAAACCCAAAAAAGAAAAGGCUAAAAAAGAUAUACCUUUAAAAGAAAGUGUUGAAAUUUCAGAAGUGACAACAGAAACAAUACCUGAGAAACUUAUCACAGAAAAAAUGCCUGUCGAAAAGAAAGCAAAAUCAUUUGUUGCACCUGUAGAAAGUAUCGAGAUUACUGAGGUUACUGUAGCUAUGACAGGCGAGGAAAUAACUGAGAAAGAAAAAAUCAAAAGUGUUAGAGUUGAUAUUGAGGAAGAAAAAGAAAAGGAAUUAACUCACCUAAAAAAAGAUAAGGUCAUUCAAGAAAUAAAACCUGUCAUUAUUGAAACAGAACAAGAAGACAAAAUAGUGAAAGAAAUAACACCAAUAAAACCUAGAAAAGAAAAAGCAAAAAUAGAGGAAGUGCCACUAGACACUACAAAAAUAGCAAAGAUAAUUCCGGAAACUGAAUUUGAAGAUAUUUCCAAAGAAGUACAACCUGAACUAAAAGAAAAAAUACAGCCCACAGAAAUAAAAGAAGUUGAAAAACCGAAAGAAACUACAGAAGAAAAAUCAGAUGAAUCCAUCGAGAAAUCGAAAGAAAAGAAGGUUAUUAAGAAAAAGAAAAAGAAACCUGUUAAGAAAGAUGAUAUAGAAGAAUGGGUAGAACCCGAAUACGAAAGACCAGUACUAGAGCCGAUGCCAGAGAAAAUUGAAUGGGAGCCAACAAAAAAGAAAAAAGAAAAGAAAAUAUUACUUGAAUCUGUUCCGCAAAAAUUAAUUCCACAAAAGAUCGAAAGAAAAGAGAUCAAACCUACAAAAUUAAAAUAUACUGAACCACUUCAAGAGACUGUACAAUUUGGUACAAUUAAAUUGAAAAAAGUAACAAUUGUUCCGAAAAAGAAGUCAGAACCAGUAUUUCCUAAAAUCAUGUUGCGUAGCAGAAUUACAUUUAUUGGUGACUAUCCGCCAGAGUUACAAAUACCAAAAAUUACAUAUAUAGAAAAGAAUCCGGUACAAAUUGGUAUUUUGUCUAGAAAUACAGAAGAAGCUUUACAAGUUUUAAAGAAAAAAUAUAAAAAACCUAAAAUGUCAGAAAAAGAAUUAAUUGAAUUAGAAAAAUUAGAUAAAGAGUUUGAAGAAUUAAAAAAAGUUCCAUUGGAAACAAUAGAAGAUAAAUCUAUAUACGAACGAGAACCUAAGAGACCAAUAAAAACGCCCGAAGAACCACAACAGCUCGUUAUUGGAAAGGGUGAAGUGAAACAAGAAGCUAAAAUUGAGCCUGAAGAAAUUAAAUUAAAGAAAAUUCCGGAAAAGAAACCAGAAGAUAAAACAGAAAUUAAGAAAAAGCCUAAAAAGAAAGAAUCUGUGGAAGAUGUAGAUCAAAAAGAAGAAGUAAAACCCAAAGAAACAUUCGUACAUGAUGAAUUUAAACCACUAGAAUUUGAUAGACCAGAACUUGAAAAAUAUAUACCUGAAGAACCCGAAACAAUCAAAAAGCCAGAACCUGAACCCAUUUCAAAACCAUAUGAAAAACCUAAGAAAAAGAAACCUGAUCAAGAUAUCGAACAAAUUCCACUAAUCAAAGGAAAACCAAAACCACAGGAACCUGAAGAAGAACCCAAAGUCAAGUUUCGAAUACCAACAUCAAAGAAACCGGAAGAUGAGCCUGAAACGAUAACUUUGAAAGGCUGGAAGAAAACUAAGCCUGAAGAAGAAGGUACAGAAGAACAUCCAACUAAAGAAAAAGAUAUCACUCCAACAAUAUCUAAAGAAGAUACGGAUGAAUUUACAAUAAAGCAAAAAAUAAAACCAAAAAAAGACAAAAAGGAAAAAAUAAAACCAGAAGAUAGUGAAGAAAUUACAUUAAAAAAGGCACCCGAAGAAAAACAAGAAAUUCCAUUAGAAGAAUUAACAAUCAAAAAACCAAGAAAGAAGUCAAUACCAGAAGAAAAAAAUGUACCAGAAAUCUCUGAGGAUGUAUUAUUUAAAAAACCUAAGGAACCAGUUGAAGAAGAUACUGUUGAUGAAGUAAAAAUUAAAAAACAUGUUAUUGAAGAGAAGAAAAAAAUUAGUGAAGAAGUCACAUUAAAGAAAAAACCAAAGAAAAAGCCCAUCACGGAGGAAACUGCUGCAGAGGUUACGUAAAGAAACCUGCACCGAAAGAAGAAGAACGUACCAGAAGAGGUUUCCGAAAAAGUCGCAUUAAAGAAACCGAAAAAAGAGCCUAUUAAGGAAGAAGUUGCAGAUGAAGUGACAAUUAAAAAACCAAUUGUUGAAGAAAAGGAGGAAGAAAUAAAAGAAAUUAGUGAAGAAGUUACAUUAAAGAAAAAACCAAAGAAAAAGCCUAUUACGGAGGAAACCGCUGCAGAAGUUACUAUAAAGAAACCUGUACCGAAAGAAGAAGAACAAAUACCAGAAGAGGUUUCCGAAAAAGUCGCAUUAAAGAAACCGAAAAAAGAGCUUGUUAAAGAAGAAGUUGCAGACGAAGUGACAAUUAAAAAACCAGUUGUUGAGGAAAAAGAGGAAGAAAUAAAAGAAAUUAGUGAAGAAGUCACAUUAAAGAAAAAACCAAAGAAAAAGCCUAUCACGGAGGAAACUGCUGCAGAGGUUACUAUAAAGAAACCCGUAGUGAAAGAAAAAGAACAAGUACCAGAAGAAGUCUCCGAAAAAGUAGAAUUAAAGAAACCGAAAAAAGAGCCUAUCAAGGAAGAAGUUGCAGAUGAAAUAACAAUUAAAAAACCAAUUGUUGAGGAAAAAGAAGAAGAAGUAAAAGAAAUUACAUUAAAGAAAAAACCAAAGAAAAAGCCUAUCACGGAGGAAACUGCUGCAGAGGUUACUGUAAAGAAACCUUUAUCGAAAGAAGAAGAACAAAUACCAGAAGAAGUCUCCGAAAAAGUUGCAUUAAAGAAACCGAAAAAAGUGCCUACCAAAGAGGAAUUCGCAGAUGAGGUAACAAUUAAAAAACCAGUUGUUGAGGAAAAAGAAGAAGAAAUAAAAGAAAUUAGUGAAGAAGUCACAUUAAAGAAGAAACCAAAGAAAAAGCUUGUGACGGAGGAAACUGUUGCAGAGGUUACUGUAAAGAAACCUGUACCAAAAGAGGAAGAAAAAGUGUCGGAAGAAGUCUCUGAAAAAGUGGCAUUGAAAAAACCAAAAAAGAAACUCCCUAAAGAAGAAGUCACAGAUGAAAUCACAAUUAAAAAAUCUAUUAUAGAGAAGGAAGACAUCGAAGAAGUUACUCUUAAAUCAAAACCAAAAAAGAAGGUAAUCGAAGCGGAAGAAAUAUCAGAAGUUACUCUUACUAAACCCAUAGAAAAAAAGAAGAAAGAAGAAGAAAUUACAGAUGCAUUUACCGAUGUGUUAUUAAAGAAAAAGAAACCAGUACCAAAAAUUGAAGAGGUAAGUGCGGAAGAUUUAACCAUUCAAAAAAUUGAGAAGGUAGAACAGCCUAAAGAAAUAAUUGAAGAAUUUACAUUGAAACGUAAACCGCCAAAAAAAGCACCAAAACCCAUUGAAGAAAUUUAUGAAGAUGUCACUUUACGCAAAUUACGGCCAAAGAAAAAGCCUAGGCCAGAUAUCAAAGAGGUUACAGAGGUGGAAAAUGUGACGUUUAGACCACGCUCUACAAAGACAAAAGAAGAUGUGGAACAGGAAUUUAAGAUCUCAUUAAAUACAUACGAAGAAGAAGAUAUUUCUAUGUCCGGUAAAGUUCGUUUGAAACCAAAGAAACGUCCACUUACGUAUUCAGAGGAAACCGGAGAAGAAACAAUCAAAAUUAUUCAAGAAAUUGAGGAUGAUUCCGGGCCAGUUAUCGAGGAAAUUAUUGAUGAAUCAGAAGAUGAAGGUAAAGAAGAAUAUAGCGUCGAGGAACUCGAUAUCGAUGAAAUGAGCAUACCUCUAAGACGAAAGAAAAAGAAAGAAAAAACACCAUAUACCGUAGAAGAAAUUGAAGAAGACGAUGUUAAAGUGCAAUUGAAACGUGAUAGGAAAUAUUCGUACGAAGAAACCGAUACUGAAUCUUUGGCAUUGAAACUAAAAAGCAAAAGACGCCUUUCCACUUAUGAAGAAGAAGAAGCUUCUCUUAGCAUUACUAGAGAAGAGGAAAUUUCUGAAGAAGUUGACGAAAUCGAAUAUGUUGUUCGUGAUGGUGAUACAAUGUUUUCAAUCUGUUCUUAUGUGGCUGAAACGGAGGAAGCUAUUAACUUAGUCGAAGGAGAAAAAGUUUAUAUAAUUGAUCAUACUAAUCAGGAUUGGUGGUUUGUAAAAAAGCAUUUAACCGAAGAAAAAGGUUGGGUACCGGCGCAAUAUUUACUGAACGAAGUGCAUUACACUAUUUAUUUACAACGAAAAUUACACGAAAAAAUAGAUAAAUUGCCUAUUUUUGAGAAACCAGCUCCAGGAGAGAAAGCCUCAGCUCCAAGAUUUAUCGAAAAAUUACAACCAAUCCAUACAAUCGAUGGUUACACCGUUCAGUUUGAAUGCCAAGUAGAAGGCAUACCAAGACCACAAAUAACUUGGUUCCGUCAAACAGCUAUUAUUAAACCAUCUACCGAUUUUCAAAUGUAUUAUGACGAAGAUAAUGUUGCUACCUUGAUAAUCAGGGAAGUCUUUCCUGAAGAUGCCGGUACUUUCACCUGUGUUGCGAAAAAUGCUGCAGGAUUUGCAUCCAGUACUACUGAACUUAUCGUCGAGGCUCCUCUGUCGGAUCACGGAUCGGAUGUUACUGGUCUGUCAAGAAAAAGUCUUUCAAGAGAAUCAUCUCUUGCGGACAUAUUGGAGGGUAUACCGCCUACAUUUUCUCGAAAACCGAAAGCGAAAUAUGUAAACGAAGGUGACGAUGUAAUACUGGAGUGCCGCUUAGUCGCCGUACCAGAACCAGAAAUAACGUGGUACUAUAAAGACGUGCAGAUAAUUAGCCAAGAAAAUAUUAUAGUUGCGACUGAAAGCGAUAUGCACAUGUACUGCAGUGUUCUAAAAAUUACCAAAGUUCAAAAAAGACAAGAAGGAAGGUAUAAGAUUAUUGCUAAGAACAGAGAGGGCGAAGCUACUAUCGAUAUUCCCGUGAAGGUGAAAACUGGAAAAAGUGAGCCACCCGAAAUUUUAGAACCAUUACAAUCUUACAUAGUUAAAGAAGGCGAGACUGUUGUUCUAUCAACUCAAAUAGUUGGUAAUCCAUCACCUAAAAUAACAUGGUAUAAAGAUGGAAAACCAAUAAAAGGCUUGCAAACAAAGCAAGACGGACACGUUAAUACAUUAAACCUGAUUCAACCUCAACUAGCAGAUAGUGGAGAAUAUUCAGUCACAGCUAUUAAUGAUAUGGGCAAAGCCGAGACUCGAGCUACAUUGACUGUUGAAAAAGUUCCCAGUGGCGCUCCAGAACCUCCAUUAUUCACUGAACGUUUCCAAGAAGUAAUCGUCCCGGAAAAAGGUACCUUCAAGUUAGCUGCUAAAGUCACUGGAAAUCCUGUCCCGGAAGUUACUUGGCUGAGAAACAAUAAACCGCUUGAUAAAUCAGUCAACAUCACAGAAACUUAUGAUGGCGAAAAUAUUCUACUGGAAAUUAAAAAUGCGGACUCUGAAAUAGAUGCCGGAGAUUAUAAAUGUGUCGCUAGUAAUCCAGUCGGAAAAGCUUCUCAUGGCGCAAAAGUCACAGUAGAUGUUGCCAAGGUCUCUUUUGUAAAAAAAUUACAAAAUGAAGUUAUAGUUGAUGAGUAUAAAACUUUAGAACUAAACUGCGAAACAUCUCAUACCGUUUCCACUGUGUGGUGGCACAAUGAUAAAGAGAUCAGCGGGAUGGAUCAUCGCGAGGUGAUUCAAGAAGGACGCAUACACAAAUUACUUAUUAAAAAGAGUGGCCUUUCCGAUGUAGGAACAUACAAGUGUACUGUCAAGAACCAAGUAACGUCGAGCAACGUUAUUGUUAAAGCCACUAAACCGGAGUUCGUUAAGAUGCUACAAGACUUUGAGGUAAAAGAACGCGAUGUGGCGAUUCUAGAAGUUGAAAUCACGUCUCAAACGGCCGACGUUACAUGGCGAAAGGAUGGCGAGUUAUUAACACCAAGCAAAGGAAAACUAGAAUUCGUUAAAGAUGGUACCGUAAGAAAACUUCUCAUCAGAAGCACAUCGGUUCAUGACGAAGGCGAAUACACAUGUGCUCUUGUGGAUGAAGAAUGUACGGCGGAAGUCACAGUCAUCGAAUUACCACCGGAAAUUAUUACUAAAAUGCAAGAUGUAACUAUAGCUAGAGGAGAAAAGGCAACCUUUGACAUAGAGUUGACAAAAGGUGACGCUUUAGUACGUUGGUUUAAAGACGGGCAAGAAUUGCAAUUCUCUGAGCACGUACGAUUAUCAAUUGACGGCAAAAGGCAGAAAUUAAAAAUUUAUGAUACGGAAAUGGAAGAUGCGGGAAUUUAUUCUUGUCAAGUUGGUAAUCAAACUUCUUCAGCUAGACUAAUAGUCGAAGAGCCUGAAAUAGAUUUUAUCAAAAAAUUGCCGGAUGUCACUCUAGUGCCUUUUAACACUGACGCAAUUUUCCUCAUUGAGCUAUCGCGUGCCGAUGUACCGGUAACAUGGUUAAAGAAAGGAGAGAUAAUUGAUGCACAAUCAUCAAAAUAUAAUAUUAUCGAUGAAGGAAAUAUUAAAAAACUUAUCGUGAAAAAAUGUACAACCGAAGAUAUUUCUGAAUACACUGCCGUAGUUGCUAAUGUGAAAACAUCGUCUAGAUUAAAAGUUGAAGUUAUCGAAACUCCGCCUAAGAUUAAUCCUGAUACGCCCAAAAAAUACAAAACGACAAAAGAUGAUGAUGUUGAUAUCAUAGUAAAAUUCACGGCUACGCCAACUCCAGUUGACGAAUGGACCGUCAACGGUCGUGUUCUUAAGAAAUCCAAACGAAUUGUCACAUCUAUUGAUGAAUAUUCAGCUGUCUUAACGAUUAGAAAUAUACAAGAAAAAGAUUUUGGCGAUUAUAAUUUAAAAUUAACUAAUCCUCACGGAGAGGAUAGUAUAGAAAUUAGCGUCAUUGUCGUGCAGGUACCCGGAGCACCAGGAAUUCCGGAACCUUUGGAAAUAACCGACAACAGUAUUACUCUUCACUGGAAACAACCAGAUUCAGAUGGAUACUCGCCAAUAACAGAAUACAUUCUAGAAUAUCACGAAAAAUCGGAAUCUUCAUGGAGGAGAAUCACCAAAACAAUAAACGAAACUACGUAUAAGGUGACAAACUUAAUCAUCGAUAAGGAAUAUACUUUCCGUGUAACAGCUGUCAACGAAGCUGGACCGGGCGAAACAUCGCCUAGUACACCGUAUUUGAGAAUUUCAAAACUAUCGGCAUCUGAACCGCCUACCGUUCUCGAAGCGCUGAAGAGUAUUGUAACCGGAUUGGGAGAAACUAUCACACUUUCCUGUGUAAUCGGUGGUAUACCAACGCCUCGUAUUACAUGGUUGAAGGAUGAUAAAACCUUUGAAGACAGUGAUAUUACAUAUGAAAAUCACGUAGCUAAAUAUAUAAUUCAAAAAACCACAGAGACAUCUUCGGCUACAUUUACAGUUAAAGCCCAAAAUGAUGUAGGAACGGCAGAAACAUCAUGUCAAUUAAAGAUUCAAGAAUCUCCAAAGAUUACUUGCGAUGAAAAUAUAACAAACCAAAGGCUAGCAGUGAGUGACAAAUGGCAGAUCGAGAUUCAUUUCAGCGGUUUUCCAAAGCCGGAAGUAACUUGGACAAAAACCAACAAAAAAAUAACUGAUAAACGCAUUUCUAUUAAAACUGAAAAAAAUACAUCAACUAUUACAAUUACUUCGCUUGUCAGAGAUGAUACAGCUAUUUAUACAGCGAAAGCGACUAACGAAGCCGGUAGCGCGUCGAUAGAAUGCCAUCUCCGUGUCAUAGAUAAACCGAGCAAACCUCAAGGGCCAGUUAUUGCGAAAGAAAUCAGACAAGAUCGCAUCACUAUAGAGUGGCGACCACCGAUCGACAAUGGUGGCAUGGAACUGGAAGGAUAUACUAUUGAAAAAUGCGAAGCAAAUACGAAAAUUUGGACAAAAGUAGGCGAUAUUGAUAAAGAAGUCGAGAGUUUCUGCGUGCAGAAAUUGCAGCAGGAUGUCGAUUACUUGUUUAGAAUAAUCGCUAGAAACGCAUUUGGACCUUCAGAUCCCUUGGAAUCCGAACCAAUUAAAACAAGAACUUCGUUCGAGCCACCAGGCCCACCGAGAGGACCACUUGAAGUCUCUGGAAUGACAAAAACAUCAUUCACAAUAAAAUGGGAACCUCCAGAAAACGACGGUGGUACUCCUGUUACAGAUUAUAUUAUCGAAAUAAAAGAAGUAUCAAAGAAAGCUUGGCAAAAAAUUGCAAGUACUAAAGGGGAAGUCACUAACGUUAUUGUAUCUGAUUUGAAAACGGACAAGUCAUACAACUUCCGAAUAACAGCUAAAAAUAGUGUCGGUACUGGUCCUCCGUAUAUAGCGGAAGAAGCAAUUACAGCUGGUAAAAGACCAACACCACCUUCGUGCCCACUCAACGUUCGAGCAACAAAUAUCACAAGCAAGAGCGUCACUCUCAAUUGGUCGCCACCAGCUACUACAGGAGGAUCAGAAUUAACUGGUUACAUUAUCGAGAAGAGACCAUUAAUCGGAAAAGGCGCUAGAUGGACAAAAGUUGUCACUUUGGACGCUACAACGCAUCAAUACUGCAUAGAAAAUUUAAAGGAAAGCGAAUUUCUCUUUAGAAUCUUUGCUGAAAAUAGCGUAGGACUUAGUACACCGACCAAUUCUGAACCAAUCACACUGAAAACUCAUGCCAAUGUUCCGUCGCCACCUACCGCUCCAUUAGAGAUGAGACAAAUCGCCGCGAACACGAUGGUAAUCGAAUGGGGUAGGCCUGAAUCGGAUGGCGGCGCACCCUUGGAGGGCUAUAAAAUCGCUAUUAGAGACACGAAGAAAACUAUGUGGAUGGAGGUAGGAAGAGUGAGUGCGGACAUCCAAAAAUUGAACAUUAGAGACUUGCAAGAAAAUCACGAAUAUCUCGUAAGAAUCUUCGCACGAAACGAGAUUGGAUUUAGCGAUCAUUUGGAAUCGGAAGAGCCCUUUAAGAUCAUGCCCACUUCAGAACUCUCGUCCGUGGAGCCAAUUGCAGAAGCUAUGGACAAAGGCGAGACUACAUCGAUCAGUUUUAGCACAGAAAAUACAAGUUCGUGGUUGCGGGAACAUAAUAUGGACGCUGAUAUACAUUCGUACGCAAGAGCAAGAUUACUUAGAAAAGAUGAAUACUUCUUUCGCAUUUGGCAUUAUGCUAAAAAAUUGUUUGAAUAAGCAUUUGUACAAGUAAUUCUGGACAUUUAUUGUAGAGUACUAGCGGAUGUAAUUGAUCUUCUCCGCAUUUUCAAUUUUAUUCUCUUCUUCAUCGAACGCUUUAUAGUAAAUCUAUGUUUGCCUGACUGAUGGCACAACAAUGAUAGUGCCAUUAAUCGUUCCUCUAUAGAAUCAACUAUAGCAAUUAGAUAUGUUGAAAUUAAGACUCGCGAGACUGGACGAGUGCUUAUCGAGUGCUAAUCUAGUCAGAAUACAGUGGUUAUCUUUUUGAUGCCUUUAUUAUCAAAAUGCUCGAAAAAUGUGUACUAAGUAUCUGUUAUAUGACAGAUCUACUUUUUAUUCCAAUUUUGUAAAAUGGUAAAAUCUUAUCUACCAUUAUGCUUGUGCAGUUUCUAUAGACUGUAGCAAAGAGCCAAUUCGCAUUGUUAAAGUUAUAUUCAACUAGCAACAGACAACGAAGCGUUAAAUACCCCCAUAUCCAGAAUAUUUAAAACCAUGGCAUUCUACAUCUACUAACGAUGUAUUUAUAAUUAUGUGACUACAUAACGUUCGUUUCUUAUUUAUAAGGCAAAGCCAGAGUUUGCAAUAAUUACUUUAGUAUUUAUUCUCCAAGCAUAUAGAGUAUAUUGACUGUUUCUUGUUACUAUUAUUGUUACAUUUAAUUAUGAAUAAUGUUGCCAAUAAGAUCGAUAUCAAGAUUAAUGAAACGAAGAAAUACCACGCGUAUUUGGCAAGCGAGACGUAAAAUAUAGGUGCCAACAACAUCACUAAAAUCAGCCAAAGACGCGUCGUAUACUUCGAAUUAUUUAUGUUGUAAAAAUUUUAUUUAUCGAAUAAAUCAUUAUAAAUUA